GAGAGAGAGAGAGAGAGAGAGAGAGAGCCAGCCGAGAACAGAAGGAAGGUACUGUCAAAAGGACAGACGAAAGGAGGGGGCACCUGAAGGGGAGAAAAGGGGGACAAAGUGUAGUGAGGCAGCAAGAGAUCCGAGAGGGAAGGGAAGGUAGACGUAAGUGAAGGCGGGAGGGUGAAGCAGGGGCCCAAUGGGCAGCACGCGUUUCCCCGGUGGGGCUUUGCCCACCUGGACAGCUGCCACCAGUAACUCCAGCCCUUGGUGGCCUCCGACCAGCAGCCCCACGGCGGUCCCCAACGCGAGCCUGGACAACUCGGAGAGCGACAGUCGGAACGAGGAGCUGGCCAAGUUGGAGAUCACCGUGCUGGCUGCGACUUUCGUGGUGGCCGUGCUGGGCAACUGCAGCGUGCUUCUGGCCCUGCACCGCACCCCGCGCAAGACGUCUCGGAUGCAUCUCUUCAUCCGCCACCUCAGCCUCGCAGACCUGGCGGUCGCCUUCUUCCAGGUGUUGCCCCAGCUGUGCUGGGACAUCACCUACCGCUUCCGCGGCCCCGACGGCUUGUGCCGCGUGGUCAAGCACCUGCAGGUCUUCGCCAUGUUCGCCUCGGCGUACAUGCUGGUGGUGAUGACCGCCGACCGCUACAUCGCGGUGUGCCACCCGCUGAAGACGCUGCAGCAGCCUGCCCGGCGCUCCCGGGUCAUGAUCGCCGCCGCCUGGGCGCUGAGCUUCGUGCUCAGCACGCCCCAGUACUUCAUCUUCUCGGUGAUCGAGGUCAACAACGUCACCAAGGCCCGCGACUGCUGGGCCAACUUCAUCCAGCCCUGGGGGCUCCGCGCCUACGUGACCUGGAUGACCGGCGGCAUCUUUGUGGCCCCGGUCAUCAUCCUGGGCACCUGCUACGGCUUCAUCUGCUAUCAUAUCUGGCGGAACAUCCGCGGCAAGACGUCCACAGUGAGGAGCAAGGAGGAGGAGGAAGCGGCAGCAGGCGCCCUGCGCAAGGGGCUCUUGCUGGCCCCCUGUGUCAGCAGUAUCAAGUCCAUUUCUCGGGCCAAGAUCCGCACCGUGAAGAUGACUUUCGUGAUCGUGACAGCCUACAUCGUGUGCUGGGCUCCCUUCUUCGUGGUCCAGAUGUGGUCCGUCUGGGACCAGGAGUCCUCCUGGAUCGAUUCUGAAAACCCCGCCAUCACCAUCACUGCUUUACUGGGCUCCCUGAACAGCUGCUGCAACCCCUGGAUCUACAUGUUCUUCAGUGGCCAUCUCCUACAAGACUGUGUACAGAGUUUCCCCUGUUGUCGAAAAAUGAAACAACCAUUGAGCAAAGAAGAUUCUGACAGCAUGAGCAGAAGGCAGACUUCCUUCACUAACAACCGAAGCCCUACAAAUAGCACAGACACCUGCAGAGACUCCCCUAAAUCAUCAUCCAAGUCCAUGAGGUUCAUUCCCAUUUCCACUUGACUCCUCUGUUUGUGCAGUGAGACUUCUUUGAGUGAUAGCUGACACUUAGGUGGGCAAAGCCAGCCAUCAUUGGAGCAAAAGAACCUUAUGAUAUGCAAGUUAAGUGUACAGUAUUGUAUUUCUGGAGAGUACUCUUACUGCUGUGAACAAAAGUUGUAAAUAAUUUUGUGGGAACUGUUAUUGAAAUCUCACUUUGCUAAAAUCUGGGAAAGUGAUUCCUCUAGGCAGAAUUGAAGUUUUGGGUUGUUUGUUUUUUUUCCUAAAGGGGAAAAAAAAUCACUCAUAGUCAAAUCCCUCCCUCCAUCUGUCCCUCCCUCCCUCCUUCCCACCCCUCUUGGAUUUAUUUUUUUUAUUUGUUCCCAAAGUAAUCAAUGCAUGGUUAGUUUAAAAUAAUAUUCAUUUAAGUUAGAGGCACCACUUUUGACUAAUAACAAGCCAUGCUCCCCAUGAAAGGAAUUAAAAAGGCUUCAAAGGCAUCAGUAUUUCAGGCAUAGGGGUAAGUUGAAGAUAGGUAUCAGACUUAGGCAAAAAUGGAGAUGGUUUCUUCUUACUGUCUUUGAGCAAGGGACCACCACUAUGCAACUACGGAUGAACAGCUGAAACCCUACAUGAGGAAAUAAAGCUGACUACGUUAACAUAUUUCAGCCACUUCUCACAGUAGAAAUGGAAAAUGAUGGCUAUCUUGAGGUGUUUUAAUAUAUGAAGAAAUUCCUAAAAUCAGGGUUUUUUCCAAUAAAGCUACAGGAAUAGGGAUUUAGAGUGGGAAAGGAUUUCAGAAGUCAUUGAGUCCAACACCUUGCUUCUUCUUCUUCUUCUUUUUUUUAAACAGAUAAGCAAAAUUAGACCAAGUAAAGUUGAGACUUGCCCCAAAUCACAUAGAUAGUAAGUGGCAAAGUCAAGAAGACUUGAACCUCAGACCACACAUUAAGCCUUCUUUAUUCUGCACCAAACAGAAACAAAGAGGUUUUUUCUACUAUAUGGGAAGUUGGCAUUUUUGCUUUUUGCUUCUUUUGAACAGUAGGGUUCAAAGCUUUGGAAAAAAUAACGCAGAAUAUGGAUUUAUUCCCCUGAUACUUAAAUCACCCUGACCUUUGCUUUUGACCUUGAACUCCUUUUGCCACUUGGCAUUUUCAUAGCCCUGCUGCACUCAGAGUCAUACUGUUUAUUUUUAUCCACUAAUAUGGAUGGUUUAGUGUCUGGGCUAUCAAAAUUCUAAAAUGCAAAUAUAGCUCUGCUGAUUCAUCGGGAAAAUGUUUCCAAUGGGCAGAAAAAUGAUUCACUUUAAAGCAAAGUCUUCUAGCUUAAGGUAAGAAAUGCUUACCUUUGGAGACAGGUGAAUUAAAGGCCUAAACCAUCCAUUUGGUUGAUUUCUGAACAAAGGCAAAUUAUAAUUCUGCUUUUUCUGUUUACUUAGCAUCUAUCAUUAGGGGAACUUAGUGUGCUUUUCAGGUCAUUAUGUUUGCCUCCUACCUUCCUCAUGGAAAUGAUGCCAGGAUUUUAUGAAACACUGUAAAUACUUUGGGUUCCUUAGAGAAAAUGAUAUUUGCUUUUGACAUUAUUGUUGCAUGUGGACAUGUGUGUUUGUUAUGAGGAAAGCUAUUUUUUCCCUCUGUAAAUAAGGCACUAAGACAUAGCAGCAGGAAGCAUGCCUGGGGGCGGCAGGGAGGAUAUCAUCUUGUCACCUCUUCAUUCCCCUGCCAUUCCAAAUCUUUAAUUGUUUUACUCCCAGAGAUGAUGUGUAUUAUUAAAAGAGAAAAGGAGAAAGGGAUGUUGGGGAGAAGGGGUAGUUCAAAAUUUAUGAAUUCCAGCCCUUAAGUUAUCGCCGUUCUGUUUUCUCAAAGUUAUUGCUAUGUUUCUUGGUAGGGUUUUUUUGUUGUUUUUUUUUGAGGGUGGGGGAGGGACGAGGAUUAAGUUACUUUCCCAGAGUCACACAGCUAGUAAGUGUCAAAUGUCUGAGGUCGGGUUUGAACUCAGGUCCUCCUGAAUCCAGGGCCAGUGCUUUAUCCACUGUGUCACCUAGCUGCCCCCACUAUAUUUCUUUAAAAAGUUGUGUUCAAGAAGGUGGGCGCAUACUUUGAGAUGAUCCCACAGGUGAGAACACCCUGUGACAAGAGCCUAUUCAUACUUCAGUAAAUAUAAAACCAUCAUUUAAAACUGUUAUUGGAAUUUAAUAAGUUAGAGAGAGAGAGAGAGAGAAAGAGAGAGAGAGAGAACAAAAGAGAACCAGAGAGAACAUUUCCCUAAGCAAAAUAAAGUAGAGGAUUAAUAUAUAGCACUUAUGAUGGUGGGGGGAGGGCAAGAUGACCCUUCUUAGAACCAAUUUCCACCACCCCAUAAAAAUAACAAAGUGAUCCAGGGAUCUUCCAGUGUAGACUCCAUUUUAAGAGAUUUACAUGUGUAAAUGUGAUAUACUCCCUUCCCCUAAACAAGUCAACCUAAUUUUGGUCCUGUCUUCUGGGAAUAUUCAAGAAAUAAAAGACACGGGUCAAUUACCCAGUAUAUUUCUGCCUUUCUCAUGAAGCAGUAUGAUCUAGCUGAAGAGUGCUAGACUAAGAAUCUGGAGGUCCCAGUUUUAAUUCUGAACAAGUCAAUUAAUCCCUCUGGUUCUAAGUUUCCUUGAGUAAAAUGAGAGGUAGGUAGGUAGGUAGACUCAACCAUCUUUAAAGUACCCCCUUGAUGCUCCACAAUUAUAUGCCAUGAUAAUAAUGACUUAAAGCUAUAUAGUGCUGAGAGGUUUAAAAACACUUUCCUUACAGCUGUCCUUCUGAGGUCAAUAAUACAAGGAUGUUCAUCCCCAGCACGUGUCCCUAUUCAAAGGAAACAGGCAGAAUACACAAGAAUAAUGUUAUCGCUUUGAGGAUUAUUGGUGUCCUAAAAGUGUUAGAUCAGGUUUAAACUAUUAAGGCUUGAAGCCAUUAAACUAUUUAAACUAUUAAAGUUUAUAACAGGCUUAAAACUGCACUAAAAUUUUAGGGACACCACAUUAGCUAUUUUAAAAAAAGACUCAAAAAUAUACAUUUUUUGGCCUGAGUGAUUUGGUUGUGUUGGAGACUUGAGGGAAAAGAACAAAUUCAUUGUUUUGGGGUUUUUUUUUUGGAUGGGGCAAUGAGGCUUAAGUGACUUGCCCAGGGUCACACAGCUACUAAGUGUCAAGUGUCUAAGGCCAGAUUUGAACUCUGGUCCUCCUGAAUCCAGGGCCGGUGCUCUAUCCACUGCGCCACCUGGCUGCUCCCAUUGUUUUGGUUUUGAGGGAAGAACAGGCAUAUUUGUGAUGUCCAUUUGGACAUGGAAGAUAUGAUAUUUUAUUCAUAGGUUUGGGGACAUUUAUUUAAGGAAACUCUGAAAAUGUUAAAUAAAAAACAAAUAAAGAGUGAGGAGGUGUGGCCUCAGAAUCAGAAAGACCUGGGCUCAAGGGCCAUACUUAGCCAUGAGACCCCUAAGAAAGUCAUCAAACUUCUGUGUCCCUGAUGACUGUCCAAGACUUUUGAGUUAUAGAGAAGGUAUAGAAUUGCAUUAGUACAGGAAAGUUCUUCUCCAGGUGAGCCCUGGAAGCUAGGUGGUACAGUAAAUAGGACAGUGGGCCUUGAGUCAGGAAGAUCUGAGUUCAAAUCUAGCCUCAGAGAUGUAUAAGACCUGGGUGACCCAAGUCAGUUUCUUCAACUUAGGACAGUGAUUAUUAGCAUAUAGUAUGUUUAAGAAAGGUUUGUUCCCUUCCCUACACAGAUGAAGAAAUCGAGUCAGACAAAUGUAUCUGUAUAUGUACAUAUGCACGUCAAAUUUUAAAAAUUCUCUUUCCUCAAUUAAUAUUUAGGAAUUACAUUAAUAGGCAUAUAUAAUUCAAUAAAACACUUGAGAGAUGUAUGGUAUAAAUGUUAUAAUAUUGUCAUGAUAAAUACAUAUUGUACAUAUUAUAUAUUUAUACAUAUAUUAGAAUGAAGACUUGUGGGCAAGAACAAAUUCAUUGUUUUGGGGAAGGGGAUAUGUGUGUGUAUGUGUGUGGUUAUUUAGUGAUUUAUCAAAAUCUUGAGCAUUUGUUAAGUUUUAUAACUGUCAAAAAUCCUAUUUGGGUCCUACCUGUAAUAGAUUUUUUUUUUUGGUGGGGCAAUGGGGGUUAAGUGACUUGCCCAGGGUCCCACAGCUAAUAAGUGUCAAGUGUUUGAUGCCGGAUUUGAACUCAGGGCCUCCUGAAUCUAGGGCCGGUUCUUUAUCCACUGUGCUACCUAGCUGCCCCUGUAAUAGAUUUAAAUGAAACUGCAAGGUCUAUUAAUAUGUUUGUCCUAUACAGGGAAUUUCUGUUAACAUCAAAGAAGUCUUACAGCAUUAUUGAGGAGAGGUUAUCUUUUUUUUUAAAGUAAAAAAAGAAAGAAAGAACUAUGUUUAGUAGCCCUAUGUAAAUCUUCCCCACCCCAUGCAUGAAUAUCCACUCACCAUUAUUCCUAGAAUGUCUUUUAAUCUUGUAUUACCUAACUAAAAAUUAUCUAAUGAAUACUUCGUGCUUUUCAAAUGGAAGGAUAUCAUUUUCUAUAACCUAAAUGAGUUCUUAGAAGCAUGAACAGGACUUUCUUCUCACUGUGAAGCAUUAUUUUAAAAGCACUUAAAAAGAAUUAAGUCUGACUUUUCAGCUUGAAGGUCAUAAACUAGGCUAUGUGAAGCAGUUCUAAAUGGGUGUACAGGGGGAGAGAUCUCCAAUUAUUAUAGUUUUUUGGGGGAGGUGGAUAUAUACCAGGCUACAGCCAAUUAUAGAUUCACUAGUCAUGGAGGUAUGGCCGGUAUUUGUUUUUGUAUCCUCACUCUCAUUGUUUUCGGUGUUGCUUUUGGAGUACCAUUUUAAAGCCAACAUAGAAUGCAGAUUUAACCAUGGACCAUGUUUGCCAGGUCCUGGACAGAAACCUCAUUGAAUUCAUGAUCAAGGGAAGAAAAGGUGCUAGGUACAAGAUUGCAGAGUGGCUAGAGUGCUAGACUUGGGGUCCUAAAGACCUGAGUUAAAAAUACCACCUCUAUGCUGACCUAUUACCUAUUUGGUUAGGUCUGACUCUUUGUGACCCCAUUUGGGGUUUUCUUGGCAAAGUACUGGAGUGAUUUGCCAUUUCCUUCUUCAGAUCAUUUUACAGAUGAAGAAACUGAAGUAAACAGGAUUUAGCCACUUGCCCAAGGUCACAUAGCCAGUAAAAGUCUGAAGCUGGAUUUGAACUCAUUAAGAAGAGUCUUCCUGAUUCCAAACCCAUAUAACCUGCAUUCCAAAUCCAGACACUUACCAACUGCAUGACUUACCUACUCUCAGCCUCAGUUGCUUCAUCUAUAAAAUGGGAAUACUAACACCUACCUCCCAGAGUUGUUGCAAGGAUCAAAAGAAAUAAUAAUGUAAAUCAUUCUACAAAUCUUAAAGCACUAUGUCAAUAUUAGUUAUUCUAGGCAUGUCAGCACUUAGCAUCAUCUACAUGCAUCUAUCAAACACGAAGUCUGAGUUCAUACUCCUAGCAUGAGUUUUAGGCAUAUGGAACUCUUGCUGAUUUCUGAGAAAAUUCUAUGCAUGUAAGAAAUUCUGAUAUAGCCUGCAGUAAUACACCAGCAGAUACAUAUUUCAUUAUUGCUAAAAAUCAAUUGCUAUCUUAGUUCUUAGAUUUUGCCAGCAACACGCUAACAUCUUGCUACAGUGACAUGUAGUCUAAAUAAGAAACUAGCCUCACACUUAUGCUUUUGAAGUAUUAUGAGUGAAUCAAUAUAUUUUUCUGUUAAAGGUUCAAGAAAAUGAAUGUAAAGUAAACCUGUUGGUAAAACUGAUAUCAAGAAAGAAAAUAAGUCUCAGUUGUUAUGAAAAUCCAAAUAUAUUACUGUAAAGAGAAAACAGUGAGCAUGUUUAUCCUUAUAUCAAAGUGAUUUUGAUGUUGAUAUGCCUUUAUUAUUAUUAUUAUUAUUAUUAUUAUUAUUAUUAUUAUUAUUAUUAUGACUAAUACAAGUAAAUUUCUAGUAUUUUAUCAUUUCCUUUUUGUAAACUAUUCUUUCAAACUUUUUUCUUCAGCUCGUGUACUCAGCUUUCCAGGAAAAGUUUAGAUUUUAGGGACUUUGAUGGUGGGAAGGGGGCUGGAGGGAACUGUAGUAAAUUUUAAGUUACAAAAGUUUUGGAGAAGUUGCAAGGCAUUGUAGGUAUCACAUCAAUCUUGAAGGAAGACCUGGAUUUAAAUCCCAUCUUGGACAUUUCAUGUUAUGUGACUCAGGACAAGUUAUUUAAGCUCCCUGAGCCUCAGUUUCCUUAUCUGUAAAAUGGGGAUAAUAAUAGCAUGUAUCUCACAAAGUUGUUGUGAAGCCCAAAUGAGAUAAUGUAUGUGAGGCAUUUUGCAAACCUUAGAGUGAUAUGUAAAUGUCAGCUAUUAUUAUCAUUAUCAAAUGAGCGUCAUAAGGUUACAACAGUAUACCGAAUGUUAGGUAUUCUACAAAUGGAAAUCUUGUUUUGGUUCUGAACUAACUUUUUUUGACUCG